AGAUCUUCAUCAGGGUCACCAGACAACUGGUGGUAGGAGGGAGCGUGACCUGGUCUUCCUCCUGUCUGGGACGCCUGCACGGCCAGGCCUGGGUGAAAUCCCCUCGGUUCCUGGGCCUUCGAUGUGCCAGGCACUGUGUUGGCACUCACUCCAUCAUCAGAGUCCAUCCUGGACAAACCUGCUGAGGAAGGCAGCACCUCCUUUGUGCAAAGAAGGAAAUGGGGUGUAGCUGUGACUCCCCACCCUGGCUGGGUGCUCCAAGACAUGGCCGACACCAUCUUCGGCAGUGGGAAUGGUCGAUGGGUGUGCCCCAACGAUCGGCAGCUUGCUCUGCGGGCCAAGCUGCAGACAGGCUGGUCUGUGCACACCCACCAGACAGAGAAGCAGAGGAGGAGCCAGUGCCUCAGCCCGGCCGAGGUGGAGGCCAUCCUGCAGGUCAUCCAGAGGGCCGAGCGGUUGGACGUCAUGGAGCAGCAGAGAAUCGGGCGGCUGGUGGAGCGGCUGGAGACCAUGAGGCAGAAUGUGAUGGGGAACGGCCUCUCCCAGUGUCUGCUGUGUGGGGAGGUGCUGGGCUUCCUGGGCAGCUCCUCGGUGUUUUGCAAAGACUGCAGGAAGAAAGUCUGCACCAAGUGUGGGAUCGAGGCCUCCCCUGGCCAGAAGCGGCCCCUGUGGCUAUGCAAGAUCUGCAGUGAGCAGAGAGAGGUCUGGAAGAGGUCGGGGGCCUGGUUCUACAAAGGGCUCCCCAAGUACAUCCUGCCUCUGAAGACCCCUGGCCGGGCUGAUGACCCCCACUUCCGGCCUUUGCCAGUGGAGCCAGCCCAGCAAGAGCCCAGAAGCACUGAGACCAGUCGAGUCUACACGUGGGCCCGAGGGAGAGCAGUUUCCAGUGACAGUGACAGCGAUUCAGAUCUCAGUUCCUCCAGCCUGGAGGACAGACUCCCUCCCAGUGGGGUCAGGGACCCCAAAGACAACAAGCCCUGGGGGGAAUCAGGUGGGAGCCUGGAGUCUCCAAAGAUGGGGCUCACCUGCCCACCCAGCCACCUCUCAGGGAGCCUGAGAAGCCUGGCCAGCAAGGCUGGGAUGAGCUCCACAGAUAUACAGGGGGGCGCCACACCCAAAGGGCCCCAGUGAGUACCUUCUAACUCACCACCCCCUCUCCCUCUUCUGUUCCUCCCUGCCAUGGGCCCUCCAGCCUGUGGGGCAGUAGGUGAUGUUUCCACUCUCUGUGGUCACUGACUGCUAUGCCAGGUGCUGGGGAAACAGAGGCCAGCCAGCCUCUAUCCCUGCCUGUAGCAAACAGAGAGAGGGACCCAAAAUAAUAAUGGUAAUCACCCCGACUCAUUCUCAGUGAUUGUAACAACAGUUGUCACCAUCCUCUGCUUUAUCAAACGUGUAAUCUCUCAGAGCAUUUCCCCGUGUCUGUAGCAGCCACGGUAGCUCCCAUUUCCCGAGCACCUACUGUGCACCAGGCAGUCCAGUCCUCACCAAGCCCAUCGUGUGCCCAGACAGGGCUGGGGCCAGUGGGGGACAGUCCUUGGCCUUCAGAAACCUACCAUGUAGCUGAGGAAGCCAAAUCAAUUCACCCAAAACAGCCCAGCCCAGGGCAGGCCCAAAUCAGAAGUAAAAUGCUGGCUCUGGAGCUCGGUCUGCCCUUGCACCUCCAAGGUCAACUUACAUUCUGUGAGAGACUUAAUAUCCCCUUUUGAUAGGCGUGGAAACCAAGGGCAAAAGCCCAAGCUCCCACCCACCUCCCCUGCUUGAGGCCCAGCCUGGCUGGCUCAGGUUCAUCGUGUGAUGGGCAUGGGCAGAGGGCAGGUCCCUCACACUCACACCAGAGAAAAUUGUGCAAGUUCAGGUUAAGCUCCUGGUCUCCUUCAAGAAAGAAGCUCCAGCUGGACUUGGUGCCUGCAGGGCUGUGGGGUCCACUAGUGCGUGGUGCCUGUGCGCCGCAACCCAGCAGCUGACCUCCCAAGCAGCAAGUGGGUGGUUCAGUGCUGGAGCAGGCAUGCCCGUGUGUAGGAGCCUGUGUGCACUGGCAGCCACCUGCCAGGAAGCCCCUGGGGAGCUUUGGCCCACUCCCUGCCCUCCCUCUGCCCCCACCUUGAUGGUUCCAGAUAAGCUGCAGGGCAGGACUUGUAAGAGGCAGCAGGUAGAGGAUAUGGCCCUGGAGUGGACCCUCCCCACUUCCAAUAGUCCCCUGAAACCUCCCCAGAGGAUAGUUUGGAACCAAGCAGGCCUGAGUUCUGGUCUCAGCCCUGCCAACCAUAAACGUGCAGUUGAGCAAACCAUGAGGUUGAACCGUAUGAAAUUCAUGAAAAAUAGCGGAAUAUUGGCAGUUCUAUCUGAUUCAACCUAAUAUUUGAUCUCUCUGCCCCCAGUUCCAUUAUCACUAACGUAGGGACCACACUGGCCCUCACAGUGUUGGGGGGAGGGUAAAAUGCAGCAUCUGUGUGGAGUGCCUACCCUAAGUAAGUCUUCGGGAAAUGUCCAGUUAUAAGCUGGGGAGGUCAUGUGGCCCAGGCAUAGAGAGGGUUCCAGGGCUUAAGAAACAACUUGGAAAGGAUUGGCCCAGGGGGAAAUUCUAUAUUCCCAAGUCCAUUUGCAUCCUAAGAUCACCUAUGUUGAUCACCCACUUUAGUGGACUCAACUGAAGCUCCGGGAGUAGCUGAUUUGCCGCCAAUAAUGCAGCAAAAUGGAGCAGAGCUCUGCCUGGGGCACCAGCCCCCGGCCCUCCCGGCAGCCCUCUGGCCAGUGGCAGACAGGGAAGCUGCCUCAGCAAGGGCCCCACCUUCCCGGCCAUCAUCUCCAUUUCACCCCAAAGGUCAAGCUGUCACCAGGGAGGGACUCUGCUUUUGCUCACACUAUACUGGCCUUUUUUUUUCUCUC